AACUCGAUAGACUCAAUGGUCGCCAUUACAUAUCAUCUUGUAGUUUGUGUUUUGAAAGAAAUUGAGUAUGUCAAAUCUAUGAAUAGCGCGCGAUUUAUUUGAUUUUAUUAUGUUCGAGUUGUGAAGCUACUGAUAUCUAAUUUUGUUAUUUUGAAAGCCUUCUAAAGACAGAUGGCACCACCUCGAAGAAUAGUCAGAGAACAGCUUGAAAUUCUUAUAGAUUUUCUAGAAUCAAAUAGGGAUAUGUCUAAAGGUUUUCUGCCUAGUGCCCCCAUUAGCCACCAAGCAAUGCGACAGAAGUGGGCGAUGCUGGCCAAAAAAUUAAAUGCUGUGGCAUCAGGUGCUUUAAAAGCACCCGAUGGGUGGAAGAAGUACUGGUUUGAAUGGCGGCAUAAAUGUAGAAAAAAAGCUGCAAAUGCUAAGAAAUUUCAAUCUGAUCCAAAUGCUAGUAGCAGCAGAUUUGUACCACUUAAUGACUUAGAGAUAAGGGUGUUGGAACUUAAUGGAGAGGGUUCAGUCAGUGCUGCAGUCUCAUCUUCCAAGCAAUUGGAAAAUUUCUUAACAGGAAAUUCGGAUAAUGAGGAAAUGUCUAACGAUGAAAGUGUAGAUGAUUCCAUCCCAGUGAAUGUCAAAGUUAGACAAUCCACAACUACCAAUAACUCUAAAAUGCACACAGAUGACGCCAGAGUUACUCCGCCGCCCCGUUGGGCAUUAGACUUAGAAGAACGUAGAAUAGCUUCCCAGGAACGAAUGGCGGAUGCUUUACAAUCAAUAGCUCAUACAUUACGCUCACAAGAAGAACGCAGAACAAUGCUGGAUGAUAGAAUAGCAGACACUUUGACUGCACUAGCUGGGACCAUACAAGAUCUCAAUAGCGGGGUGCAUGAUAUGAUACAACAUGUACAGAGCACUAGUCAGACUGAGAGAUCCUAUAAGGAAGUUGUAUUGCUGUGAUGUAAAAGAGAAUUAUUUGUACCUACUAUGCAAUUUCCGCACAAAGCUCAAGUUCCUGGAAACCAAGCAAUGUUAUAUUUGAACUAUCUUGCCAUAUUUUUUAAUUUAUACAAAGGUAUUUUAAUACCUACAUCAAAUUAUUAUUAUUUAACAAUAAAAACAUAUAUACUAGAAGUACUUGUUUCCUUGUAUGUUAUAAUGUGAACCUUAGUCUUGUGUUCUGCCUUACCAUUUAGGGGUUUGAAAAAUAGAUGUUGGUCGAUUCUCAGACGGCGGCGGUCUAUCCGUUUCGGAGGAGUAUGUUAACUAACAUUCUGACACGAGAAUUUCAUUUAUAUAGAGAUACUAUAAGCAUUAUAGCAGAUGUUUAAUAUGUAUGCAUUACUUAUCCACACUCAAUGUUCCAGUACAAUGAUUUCACAUUUGAUUUCCCCUCGCAAUAAGACAAAAACAUUUUAAGAGAUAUUCUUAAAUAAUUUUUUUCUUAUUUUUCUCUACAUCUUAU